AUGAAGAGGUCAAGCAGUUCUGAGGGUUAUUCUUUGCUUGUUAUAACUUUCAUGGUGUUGUUUUUAGGAGUGAGGUCCCAACUGACAUUGAAUUUUUACUCCACAACUUGUCCAACUCUUCUCCAAAUUGUACGUAAAGAGGUCCAGAAUGCUAUCAAAACUGAAAUGCGAAUGGCGGCUUCUUUGAUUCGUCUUCAUUUCCAUGAUUGCUUUGUGAAUGGUUGUGAUGCAUCGGUUCUGUUGGAUGGAAGUGAUGGUGAGAAGUUUUCUGGACCUAACCUUAACUCGGCACGAGGAUUUGAAGUUGUGGACAGGAUCAAAAGCUCGGUGGAGAGUGCAUGUAGUGGAGUUGUAUCAUGCGCAGACAUACUUGCCAUAGCGGCUCGAGAUUCAGUUCUCUUAAGUGGAGGACCUUUUUGGAAAGUUGUACUAGGAAGAAGGGAUGGACUGGUGGCAAACCAGAGAGGAUCAAAUUUAGGGCUUCCUGCUCCCUUUGAAUCACUCGAUGUUAUCACUCAAAAGUUUUCUGCCGUUGGCCUCAAUGUCACAGAUGUUGUGUCCUUAUCAGGUGCUCAUACAAUUGGAUUAGCAAGGUGUGUCACCUUCAACAACAGAUUGUUUAACUUCAAUGCAACCGGUGCUCCAGACUCUUUAUUAGAAAGCAGCAUGUUGUCUGAUCUGCAAAGCUUGUGUCCAGUAAAUGGAGAUGGAAACAAAACAGCCACUUUUGACCGGAACUCUUCGGAUCUAUUCGACAACCAUUACUUCAAGAACUUGCUCACCGGAAAGGGUCUUCUUGAAUCCGAUCAAACUCUUUUCUCCGGUGACACCGCCCGAUCCACAACCAAGAGUCUCGUCGAACGUUACAGCAACAAUUCUGACCUUUUCUUCACUGACUUUGCUAAUUCCAUGAUCAAGAUGGGGAAUAUAAGUCCCCUAACUGGCUCAGAUGGAGAGAUUAGGAAGAACUGCAGGGUGGUUAAUUCGUAGAAUAUUAAUUGCACUCAAUUGGGAUUUGGGUUCUAUAGAA